UAGCAACUGGAGGCAGGGGCCAUGGCACUCCUAGCACCCCAGGGAGUGAAAAAAGUCUUCCAAUUUCAGAAACCAGAAGGUCGGGAGCACCUACGGAAACUGCUGAACUGGGAAGAGUUUGAUGAGCUCAGAGACUCCCGCAGAAGCAUCCUGCUGGACACCCUCUAUGAAAGCAUCAUCUUCGCUGUGGGCAAAGGCUUCCCCUGGGUAGAGGUGGCCCAGGUGGUCAAGUUCACAGAAGAGCUGCUCAAGGAAACCAAAGGCUGCUCCAUCACUGAGGCUGUGACGAUCCUGGGGAACAAGCUCAGAGAUUAUCAGGGGCAGUUCAACACCACCCAUCUGCUGGCCAUGUGCGACUACUUCCACAACACCUUCAUCCGCCACUACAAACUCUACCAGUAUGUCCUGAGCCAGGACCAGGACGUCAACCUGACCGUCACUCACCUGGAGGUGUGUGCGCCGCCCCAGCCCCUCCCGCUGGCCGAGGGCAAGGACCAGGAUGUCUGGAAGCACGAGCAGCAGGUGGCAAAGCUCAGCACGGCCGAGGUGCAGAAGCAGACAGACAUGCUGCUGCUGAAGGAGGCCCUGCACCUGGAGCAGCAGCACCUGCUGCAGGAGACGCUCUCAGAGCUGCCUGGGCGGCGGCACCAGGCCCUGAAGAGAGAGGAGCUAGAAAACCUCAUCAACGAGGCCAUUCACAUCCAGAUCGAAUGCCUGAAGGAGCUGCUGCAGUACAAGAUACAGAUAACCUUUGAUAUUUUGGACCUGAAACUUCAGAAGAAAACUUUAAACCUCAACGCUCCCAUCCCUUCCCCACUUCCCGUCACUGGCCAGUCAGGCCAAGAUGAAGCUUUUAAGUUUUACAAAGCAAACAAAGGAAAGAAAGCAAAAGCAAAGAAGAAGUAGAAGGCCCCUGGUGUCCAUGGUCUGAAGACUCUGAUUGAAGAGCCACUGGCAAUUAUGAAAGGAUUAUGUGAUGUAAUAGAUCACAGAUUUCUAGCCAUUAAAACAAA